GCCAUGGCGUGCUGGACGUCUCUCCGUUGUCAUCUUCUCACUAUGUCCGCCUCUUCAUCUGCCUAGUUGACUAUAUCACCCGCGCCAUGUCCGCCCGUCUCCUUCAUCCGGACGAGUACGAGCUCGACGCUCGAUCGUCCGUCGACUCGCAGGGGAGCUUCAACCUCGAUGACGCCGACUUCGAGUCGCAAAUACCCCCACAGCCCAGGCGCUUACUGCACCGGGUGCCUCUCCUAUCGCGACUGUUCUCCUCGACCUACGCCGGAUACCGCCGCCUCAAGCCGUCGCGACCGCUCAUCUCCUCCGCCCCGCGAUCAUCCUGCUCCCGCCUCCUCCGCCGACUAUGCUUCUACCAUAAUCUCAUCAUGGGCAUCAUGGUCGCCCUGAUGGUCGGCAGUGCCAUCCUGCGCCCGUCGUACUCAAAUCCCCCGCCGCAGUACGCCACGCUCCGCGACGCCAUCGAACAAUCGACCGACCCUGGACGGGGCAACGCGCGCAACGAGAAGGUCUUCAUCGCCGCCAGCCUGUACGACAAGAGCGGGGACCUCGCGGGGGGCGAAUGGGGGUCGCGGGUGCUGCAGCUGGUGGACCUGCUCGGCCCGGACAACGUGUUCCUGAGCAUCUACGAGAACGACAGCGGAGAGGAGGGGCGGAGCGCUUUGCGCAGCCUGGAGGAGCAAGUCCGGUGCAAGAAGUCGAUCGUCUUCGAGGAGCACCUCGACCUGACCACCCUCCCGACCGUCACCAUCCCCGGCGGGGAGACUCGCAUCAAGCGCAUCGAAUACCUAGCUGAGGUGCGGAACCGAGCCUUAAAACCUCUAGACGAAGCCCAAAAUCACUACGACAGACUCCUCUAUCUCAACGACGUAGUCUUCGACCCCGUCGACGCCCUCCAGCUCCUCUUCUCCACCAACGCCGCCGACAACGACGGCGUCGCGCAGUACCGCGCCGCCUGCGCCGUCGACUUCGUCAACGCCUUCAAGUUCUACGACACCUACGCCACGCGCGACCUCCAAGGCUACAGCAUGGGCCUGCCCUUCUUUCCGUGGUUCUCCACAGCCGGCAACGGCCACAGCCGCAGCGACGUUCUCUCAGAGCGCGACGCCGUCCGCGUCCGCAGCUGCUGGGGCGGCAUGGUCGCCUUCGACGCGCAGUACUUCCAAAAGCGCAACCCAGCAAAAACCCAGCCCCUCCCGCCCCCACCGCCACCCACACGCUUCCGCGCCGCGCACGACCUCUUCUGGGAGGCCUCCGAAUGCUGCCUCGUACACGCCGACCUCCAAGACCCACCAAAAUCCAGCGUCGACGACCUCGCCGACACAGGCAUCUACAUGAACCCUUACGUGCGCGUCGCCUACGACAGCAGCACACUCUCCUGGCUGAGCACAACCCGCCGCUUCGAGAAACUCUACCCCUUCCUCCACAACGUCCUCAACCACCUUGUCGGCCUACCGUGGUCCAACCCCCGCCGCGAGGAAAUCCCCGGCCAGCGCGUGCAGGACACCGUCUGGGUCCCUGAUAACCUCGACAAGGGCGGUGGUUCUUUCCAGGUCGUGGACCGGCUAGCGGGGAAUGACGGCUUCUGCGGCCGGAGGGGAUUGCAAGUUAUUGUGGAACACCGCGAGGAGGGGCAGAAGGGGUGGGAGAAUAUUGCUGUUCCUGAGUGA